UUUAGAAUAAAAAAAAAUCCCUUGUUGGAUACUGUUGCUUCCAUGGAAGCCUCACCUUCCAGCACUGUAAAGAGUAAAAAAUUGUCAAAUACUAAGAAUUUUUCAAAAUCAAACUACUCUACCCAUAGAAAUAGUCCAUUUGUCUGUAGGUGGUGGGGUUCUUUGUUCACUUGUUCCUAUUUCUUUUCUAUAUUUCUCUUUUUCUCCAUUUCUUCCUCUUCCUCCUUUGCUUCAUCAAAACCCUUACUAGCCACUCCACCGACGAAACACCUUUAUAAUACUGUUGAUUCAACUCCGACCCAUAACCAGAAAAAUACAUUUUACGAUAACACAGUUUUUGUUGUGAUUUCAGUUUUGGGUGUUUUGUUGUUUGUCUGCAUUGCUUUAAUGGCGUUGUUCAAGUGUUUGGGGUUCAAGUUAAGGCGGCGGGGUGGGGGUAGUGAUGCUAGGGUUACUGGGGAUUUGGAAGAAAAUGUAAAUUGUUCGAAAAAAUUAGGGGUGAAGAGGCUAUUUACUUGUGAUGAGGUAGAGAAAUUCACUAUGAAUUUAUCGAGGUCGAGGUUGAUUGCUUAUGGAGGAUUUAGCACAGUGUAUUUAGCCCAAUUUCCAGAUUCAAUGCUUGCUGCUGUUAAAAUCAUGGAUUUAAGCUCUGAGCGAUUUCAGAGAGUAUACAAGCAAGAAUUAGACAUUUUGCUGCAAAUCCAACACGAAAACAUUGUGAAAUUUCUGGGAAAUUGUGAUAACGGAGAAGAAGGUAUGUUAGUGUUUGAAUAUGUUCCUAAUGGAACUUUACAGGAGAAAUUGCAUGGCGUUGAUGGUAGAAAAUCACUUUCAUGGAGAAACCGUAUGGCUAUAGCAUUUCAACUUGCUAAAGCCAUAGAAUAUCUCCAUGACAAAUGCCCACUCCCAAUAGUCCAUGGCGAUAUCAAAGCUUCAAAUAUUUUACUAGACAAGAAAUAUAACUCUAAGCUCUGCGAUUUUGGGUCAGCGAAAAUGGGAUUUUCUUCCACAAUUUUACCACCAUCAGCAAAUCGAAUGAUGCUUGGUUCUCCAGGGUACACAGAUCCUCAUUACUUGAGAACUGGCAUUGCUUCAAAGAAAAAUGAUAUAUACAGCUAUGGCAUAAUUGUUCUAGAAUUAAUUUCUGGAUUCGAAGCACUUUCAUCAGAUAAUGGAGAAAGAUUAAUAUCAAAAGCUGGAACUAUAUUAAGGGAUUCUUCUAAAGUUGCAGAAAUGGUGGAUUCAAAGCUUAAUGGAGUUUAUGAUUUGGAAGAAGCUAAAGCUAUGGUGUCAUUAGCUGGAUUUUGUCUUGGUGAUUCACCAAGCCUUAGGCCUUCUGCUUCAGAAAUAUUGGAUACUAUAACAAGUAAAAUUUCUUCAAUGUCUUUUAUGGUUUCUCAUGAUCAAAAAAGUUAAAAGAUUGAUAAUUACUAGUAUUAUUAGUAUCUUUAAAAAGAUUGAAUAACUAAUAUUCACUUUGAGUGCGAUGAUUUAGGUGAAAUUUCUGUAAAUUAAUAUGUAUAGAGUGAUUCUGUUUUUUUUUUUGUUUGAAAAAAAAAGGAGUUUAUACUUGGUACUCAUAGGGCAAUCAAUUCAGUUCAAGCAAUUCCAUGCUUGAACUUUGGAAUUUGAAUGGUUAGUUUUCUUC